AUGCGCUACAACUUACUGAUGAAAUCCGUGGAGGCUACAAGGUUAUUUCAUGAAGUGGUUGCUCGAAAAAUCACUCCGAAUGUUUGGACCUUCAGUGUAUUGGUGGAUAUGCUUUGCAAAGAGGGCAUGGCUACAGAUGCACAACGUAUGUUGGAUAUUAUGGUAAAGAGAGGCAUCAAACCUAAUGUGGUAACAUAUAAUACGCUUGUGGACGGUUAUUGCUUGAGAGGAAAAAUGGAUGAGGCAAGGAAAGUAUUUGAUAUGAUGAUUGCCAAGGGUUGUGAAGCUGAUCUGCAUAGUCAUAACAUUUUGAUUAAUGGAUAUUGCAAGAAUGAGUGGAUGGACGUGGCCCUUGGAUUGUUUGAAGAAAUGAGAUCUAAGGGAUUAAUUCCAAAUGUUGUCACUUACAGUUGUCUUAUUGAUGGUCUGUGUAGAGAUGGGCGAGUUCUGGAUGCUCAGGAGCUACUUUCCAAGAUGCAAGAUUAUGGUAUGCUUCCAAAUAUUCAAACGUAUGGUAGUUUACUCAAUAGCUUAUGCAACAAUGGAUGACUUGAAGAGGCAGUCUUAUUAUUUUGAAAUAUGGAAGAGAAGAAGUUACAGCUCGAUAUUGUGAUCUACACUAUCCUCAUUAGAGGGAUGUGCUUCAUUGAUGAAGCCUCAAACUUGCACGGAGAAAUUCAGGAGAAUGGAAAGCAUCCGGACAGUUGCACUUAUAAUUUGAUGAUCCGAGGACUUAUUGCCAAUCAUGAGAUAUCAGCUACAUUUGAUGACGUGGAUAAAAUGGGAAUGACACAGUAUUUGCGGACAUGGACAAGUAGCGAUCAAUCCGCCGUUGUUCGGACCUUCUCUGUUUAUCAAGGCUUGAUUGUCACUUAUCAAAGUGAUUGUUUUUCGUCUAUCUUUGUGCUUGGAACAGAGAACGACGAAGAAAGUGACCAAGACAAAUAUUAUUGUCAUGACUAUGGCAACAACUUUGAUCUUUUGAGACUUACUGCUCCAAGUAAAUUAAUAAUUUCAGAUGUUCAACUCACAAGUCCUAUGCAUUCUAGUUUGUCUGUGUUGGGGAAAUUCGUUAAAUCUGGUAAUGAACCCAACACUGUGGAACUAAAUACUAUACUAAAGGGGUUUUUGCUCCAAGAAAAGGUCAAUGAGGCAGCUGAAUUCUACCGCAAAAUGACAAGGGGAGGUCGAAAGCCUUAUAUCAUUACUUACACCACAUUACUGAAUGGUUUUUGUAAAUUGGGCAACACUACAGCAGCUGUUCAGUUGCUUAGGAAUAUGGAAAAACAUUGCAGCUGCAAGCCUGACAUAGUUGCCUAUAAUACAGUUAUCCACGGCCUUUGCAAGGACGGCCUAGUUGCUUAUGCUCUCAACCUCUUCUCAAAAAUGACCAAUAAAGGUGUUGCUCCAAAUGUUGUUACUUACACAUCCUUAGUACACGGAGCAUGCAUGUUGAGUCAAUCGAAAGAGACUGUGCGGAACUUGAAGAAUGAUGCAAUACACAAGAAUAUGCAUCCAGUUCAACCCAAGUGA